CGGGGCAAGGCUGCUCCUGGCUUCAUCGGUGUGAAUCCUGACAGGUGGCUGUGACCUUUGCGGACGUGGCCGUGAGCUUCUCGCGGGAGGAAUGGCGCCUGCUGGAUGAGGCGCAGAGACGCCUGUACCUCGCUGUGAUGCUGGAGAACUUUGCACUCGUGUCCUCGCAGGGUUGCUGCUGUGGAGCAGAGGAUGUGGAGGCGUCCAUUGAACCGAGCAUUUCUGUAGGAGCAUCACAUGGCAGGACUCCAAAGGAACCUUCAUCAUCCCAGAGGACCCACCCCUGUGAAAUGUGUGGUCCAGUCUUAAGAGACAUUUUUCACUUGCCCGAGCACCAGGGAACACAGCACAGCCAGAAACUGUUGAGGUGUGGGGCGUGUGAGAAACAAUUUUAUUUCAGUGCGAAUUGUCAGCAGCACCAGGAGCAGCACGUGGGGGGAAAACCCUUCGUAAGCAGUGUGGACAGAACCUCAUUUGUGAAGAGCUGCAAUUUCCAUGUGUCAGAGAAGCCCUCAGUCUGCAGCGAGGUUAGGAAGGACAUCCUGACCAACGCAGGACCUCUCCAGCAACAGGCCAGUCACACCACAGAGCAGCUAAACAAAAUCUCCGAGUGUGAGGUGACUUUCCAAAGUAUAAAAAGUCACAACACUUGGGAAGAAUGCAAGAGAGUUUUCAGCCCCAAACACAUAUUCGUUCAGGACCCAGGUAUCCACACUGAAAGCCAGUGUUUUGUGUGCCACGAAUGUGGGAAAACAUUCAAGAACAAAUCCUCAUUUGUUGUUCACCAAAGAAUCCACUCUGAUGACAGACUUCAUGUGUGUGACGACUGUGGAAAAUCCUUUAGAAGAAGCUCAAACCUCAGUCGACUUCGAAGAAUUCAUACUGGAGCAAGGCAGUACAAGUGUGGCAAAUGUGGAAAGUCCUUUAACCGAAAAUUUGUCCUCAUUUAUCCUCAGAGAAGUCACACGGGAGAAAAUUGUUACAUGUGCUGUGAAUGUGCGCAGUCUUUUAGCGAUAGCUCUGUGCUUAUUCAACAGCAGACAGUCUAUACUGAAGAAAUGAGUUAUGAGUGCACCGAAUGUGGGAAAUUCUUUAGACGAAAAUCUCAUUUAACUGAACACAAGCGGGUUCACACGGGAGAAAGGCCUUAUAAAUGUAGUGAAUGUGGAAAAUCUUUUACCUCUAGCUCUGGCCUUCGUUAUCAUCAGAGAGUUCACACAGGCGAAAGGCCUUAUGAGUGUAGUGAUUGCGGGAAAUCUUUUACCCAAAGAAAUCAUCUCAUUAUACACCGAGGAGUUCACACGGGAGAAAGGCCUUACAAGUGCAGUGAAUGUGGGAAAUCCUUUAGCCACGUGUCUUACCUCUCUAAACACCAGAGAAUUCACACUGGAGAAAGGCCUUUUGAGUGUAGCGAAUGUGGGAAAUCUUUUACUUCGGGUUCUGCCCUCUGUUAUCAUCAGAGAGUUCACUCGGGAGAAAAACCUUAUGAGUGCGGUGAAUGUGGAAAAUCUUUUACCAAAAGACCAAUACUCAUUCGACACCGUAGAGUUCACACGGGAGAAAGGCCUUAUAAAUGUAGUGAAUGUGGAAAAUCUUUUACCAAUGGACCAAUACUCAUUCGACACCGUAGAGUUCACACGGGAGAAAGGCCUUAUAAGUGCGCCGAAUGUGAGAAAUCUUUUAUUUGUAGCACUCUCCUUCAUUAUCAUCAGAGAGUUCACACUGGAGAAAGGCCUUAUGAGUGCAGCGAAUGCGGGAAAUCUUAUAUUAAUAGUCGUUCCCUCCGUUCUCAUCAGAGAGUUCACACUGGAGAAAGGCCUUAUGAGUGCAGUGAAUGUGAGAAGUCUUUUAUCGAUAGUCGUUCCCUCCGUUCUCAUCAGAGAGUUCACACUGGAGAAAAGCCUUAUGAAUGCAGUGAAUGUGGGAAAUCUUUUAUCGAUAGUCGUUCCCUCCAUUCUCAUCAGAGCGUUCACAUAGAUGAAAGGCCUUAUGAGUGCAGUGAAUGUGGGAAAUCCUUUAGGCAAAGAAAUCACCUCAAUAUACACCAGAGAAUUCACACAGGAGAAAGGCCUUAUAAGUGUGCUGAAUGUGGGAAAUCUUUUAUUCGUCGCACUGUCCUUCAUUAUCAUCAGAGAGUUCACACUGGCGAAAGGCCUUUUGAAUGCAGUGAAUGUGGGAAAUCUUUUAUCGAUAGUCGUUCCCUCCGUUCUCAUCAGAGAGUUCACACUGGAGAAAAGCCUUAUGGGUGCAGCGAGUGUGGGAAGUCUUUUACCAGUGGAAGAUCCCUGCGUAGUCAUCAGAGACUUCACACUGGAGAAAGUCCUUAUGGGUGCAGUGAUUGUGGGAAGUCCUUUACCAGCGGAACAUCCCUGCGUCGUCAUCAGAGAGUUCACACUGGAGAAAGGCCUUAUGGGUGCAGCGAUUGUGGGAAGUCUUUUACCAGCGGAACAUCCCUGCGUAGUCAUCAGAGACUUCACACUGGAGAAAGGACUUAAUGUACAGUGAAUGUGGCAAGUCUUAUACCUGUAGAUGUGCCUUCUUUUGUGUUUAGAGCGUUGACACUGGAGAAGGGCCUCAUGAGUGCAGUAAAUGUGGGAAAUCUUUUCCUAGUAGCUAUGGAUUUCCUCCUCAUCAGAGAGUUCACAGUGGUUAAAGGCUUUAAGCAUGUAGUGAUGUGAAAUAUUGUUUGGCCCUAAAUCUACGUCCUCUUGAAUUUGGAAAUUCCACACGGCAUAAGUGCAUAGAUUUAGGAAAUGUGCUGCUGUCUUGUCCAGUGUAACAGCACUGACGUAAACUCUGUGCAUUUAUAUGUAUGACUUGAGUUUUACAGAAACAUUCACAGUGGGGAGAACUCUUACGGUUGUUAUUUUAAAGCAUGUGUACUGUUGCUGUUUCUCACCUGCCCAGGUCUCUUGCCAGAUUUAUGUCACUGCCAGGUCACACAGCCGCAGGCAUUUUACCUCUUCCGUUUGGUAGCCCGAACAAUGUGCAUCGGGCAUGGCUCCAGUGUGCUCAGAAAGCUUACCCCUGUUCUCCCUCUGACUGAUUUGUGGAGUCCUGUCAUUAGUCAAUGGUGUUCUACUCAAGACCAUUACUGCAGAGGUGGGAGCACAGAGGUAGUAAAAGGGCAGACCUGUACUCGCAGGUGGUGGCUUUUGCAACCCAGUGGGUAUUUUUGUCGACCAGGCUGGAAACAUUCUUCAUUGCUCAGCAAUAUUGGUUUCUACUAAGGCUAGACCAACCCCCAGAAGUCAUGAGGAGAGAGCUCGUGGGGUCAAUAUAGCGUCCAGAAACAUUUGUUCUUAAGAGUGGGAUGUACAGAUUUUGUUAAACAUAGAGCCGUUUUUUUACAGCUUUAUUAAGGUAUGAUUUAUAGGGAAGGAAACUGCUCAUACUGAAAGUAUACCAUUCUGUGAGUUUUGACGUAGGUGUGAACCUGCGAAACACUGAUCUGAGUCAGACUAAUGACCAUAUCUGCUACUGAAUGUAUACUUAAUUAUAGAAUUUUUGUUUCCUUCUCAUCCCUUUCUCCAAAUUACCACUGAUUCACUUUACUUAAAAUCCAUACUUUUGCCACAUUUAGCAUUUAUAGGAUUGGAAUCAUGAAAUGUUUACUUUUUUUUUUUUCCUGGUGUAUUUUUUGUUUAACUACUACUUUGAGAUUCAUCAAUGAUUCUGUAUGAAUACCUCCUCUUUCUUUAAUACUUUUUUGCUGAGUAAUAUUACCUUUGGAAAUACUAUUAUUAGUUUUCCAUUCGACUAUUUGUGGACAUGUCUUUUUUUCUAAUUUUUAAAAAAUCUUUCAUCCAUUACUUAGAAUGUACUGUCUUAGUGACAGGGGUGUGUGAAUGUUUAAUUUUUUUUUAAGGAUUCCUGAUGAACAUUUUUGCAGAUGUGUAUUUCUCAUAGAUAAUUUUUUAGAAAAACGUGUUCGUAAAAGUGCGCUUAUGUGAUUUACCUGUUCUUCUAUGAGCUUUGACUAUUUCUCUUUAACAUGUAGGACAGAGAAACAACAAAGAUGUGUGUUGCAGUUUCGACCGCUCUUACUCCUUGACUCUUGCUUUAUGGAAUAACUGUUUUCAAUACUUGAAAACUAUUUCCUAAUUUUUCUUAUUUUUAUGGUGUGCACAGUGGAAUGAGGCAUCGGUCUUUCAGUUUAAAGAUUAAUCUGCCUGAUGAACAUGUCAUGCCCUUUGUAAGUUCAAUAUAAUAAAGCCUCCUUUGUAACGUU